GUCAAAAAAAUGGAACACACCAGCAGUGUGUGAGGAGACCUGAAAGUGGCACAUGGCAUGGCAAGUUGGCGAUGGGGAAGCAGCAAUGGGGGGGCCGUACAGGGGCCCAUGAGAGACUCUGGACCUGGGAGCAGCAUAGGAGGCGGUAUAGGGGGCCCAUGCAGAUUAGGGGGCCGGCGCAGCUAUAGGAGGCCCGAAUCUGCUAGCACCCCAUUCAAAAAAUUGAACCACCCGCAGUGGAGAGACCUGAAAGUGGCACAUGCAUGAGACACUGUGGACCUGGCAGCAGCAUGAGGGGCGGGACAGGGGGCCCCGCAGAUUAGGGGCCGGCACAGCUAUG